AUGUCGUACCAGAUCCUGGGCAUCGCCAUCGUGGCCGCCGUCUACGCCUUGAUCAGGUUCCUCAACGCAACCGACGUGCCCCGCAUCAAGGGCCUGCCCGAGAUUCCCGGCGUCCCCGUCUUUGGCAACCUCCUGCAGCUCGGCGUGGAUCACGCUCGCGUCGCGCAGAAAUGGGCUCGCAAGUACGGGCCCGUCUUUCAGACGCGCCUGGGCACCAAGCGCAUCAUCUUCGUCAACAGCUACGACAGCGUCAAGCACUUUUGGAUCACACACCAGUCGGCCCUCAUCUCCCGACCGACUUUCCAUACGUUCCACUCGGUCGUCUCCACGUCGCAGGGCUUUACAAUUGGCACCUCGCCGUGGGAUGAAUCGUGCAAGCGUCGUCGCAAGGCCGCCGCCACGGCGCUGAACCGGCCAGCGACCCAGUCGUACAUGCCUAUCCUGGACCUGGAGUCCACCGCCAGCAUCAAAGAGCUCCUCGAGGACUCCAAAGGCGGCGCCGUCGACGUCGACCCCAACGCCUACGUCCAGCGUUUCGCGCUCAACACGUCCCUCACGCUCAACUAUGGCUUCCGUAUCGACGGCAGCAUCGACAGUGACCUGCUCAAGGAGAUUACCCACGUCGAGCGUGAGAUUUCCAACUUCCGCUCCACGAGCAACAACUGGCAGGACUAUGUCCCUCUGCUGCGGCUGUGGGGGGCUCAGAACUCGGCCGCCCAGGAGUACCGGGCCCGGCGGGACAAGUACCUGACGGACAUGUUGACCGCCCUCCAGGACCGCAUCGCCAAGGGCACGGACAAGCCGUGCAUCACCGGAAACAUCCUCAAGGACCCCGAGGCCAAGCUCAAUUUCGCCGAGCUCAAGUCCAUCUGCCUGACCAUGGUCUCGGCCGGCCUCGACACGGUCCCCGGCAACAUCAUCAUGGGCCUCGCCUACCUGUCGACGGAAAAGGGCCGGGCGGUGCAGGCCAAGGCGCUGAGGGCGAUUGAGGAGGUGUACCCGGACGGCGACGCGUGGGAAAAGUGCCUGGUGGAGGAGAAGGUGCCGUACGUGACGGCGCUGGUCAAAGAGACGCUACGGUACUGGUCGGUGAUUCCCAUGUGUCUGCCGAGGACGAGCAUCAAGGACAUUCCGUACGAGGGGACGGUGAUUCCGGCGGGAACCACGUUUUUCAUGAACGCGUACGCCGCCGACUACGACGAGGCGCGGUUCAAGGAGCCGUACGAGUUCGUGCCGGAGCGGUUCCUCGACGACAAGGAGGUGGGCACGCCGCACUACGGGUACGGCGCGGGGUCGCGGAUGUGCGCGGGGUCGCACCUGGCGAACCGCGAGCUGUACACGGCCUACAUGCGCAUCAUCACGGCGUUUGAGAUUGUGCCGGCGCGGGACCCGGCGGACGCGCCCAUCAUGGACGCCAUCGAGGCCAACGCCACGCCGACUUCGCUGACCAUGGACCCGAAGCCGUUCAAGGUGGGACUGCGGGCGCGCAACGAGGCGAAGCUGCGGCAGUGGAUCGCGGAGGCGGAUGAGAGGACAAAGGAUCUGUAA